AACUACAUCCACGUGACCAUCCGCCACUUUUUUGGCUGAAAAUCAGCGUCAGACUUAAACUCCUGCCUUUAUGAUUUUCUCAUCACAUGGAGGGAAAUACAACUCUCGACACCGAUAAACUUCCAUUUCUGUGGUGACAGUUAUAGCCAUUUAAUGACCUCCUGAUACAAAGUGAGUCGCCCAGUAAAUCCCUGACAACCUGUUUACUCGCCAGACGUCACACCGACAAGCACGCGCGCUACAUUCAGUGCGAUCAAUGGCGGAAACGCUCACCGAGGCUCAAGCUGAUGCGGGCAUAAAAUUAAUGAGGACACUCGUUUGUGGGCAAAACGGGAGAGACUCUGCAGACUGAUUAACCUGGUCUGUUCGUGCUGGUCAACGGUGGAAUUAUUCUCCUGUUCAGACGUUGAGACGUCCUCAGAAACUGCUACCAACUGCCUUCACUGUCGCCGAGAUCUCACCUGGAAGUCUUCUCAGCAUGUUCAUUGUUUUUCUUUCUUCUGGUGCACCAUCUACGCUGGAAAGAUUUCAGAAGAAGAAAUGAACCCUGUUUACUGGAGCAACCUCGCCCACAAGGAGCUGCAGCAGGCUCUCAGUCACCAGCCUGUGGUCAGACGGGCCAAGAAUGUCAUCCUCUUUGUUGGCGAUGGCAUGGGCGUGUCCACGGUGACUGCCGCCCGUAUCUACAAGGGACAGUUGCGGAACCGCACAGGAGAGGAGGGCCUCCUUUUCUUUGAAACAUUCCCCAACAUCGGCAUGGCGAAAACUUACAACGUGGACAAGCAGACACCCGACUCGGCAGGCACGGCAACGGCCUUCCUGUGUGGAGUGAAGAGCAACUAUGGCGUCAUUGGACUGGACGCCAGCGUGCAGAGAGGCAACUGUACAGCACAGAAAGGUCACGAGCUGACCUCCGUCAUGGACUGGUCACUCAAAGCAGGCAAGGCCGUGGGUAUAGUGACCACUACCCGCAUCACUCACGCCACCCCAGCAGCAGCCUACGCUCACGUGGCGGACCGAGCCUGGGAGGGCGACAGGGACAUGCCGGCCACCGCCGCCAGCCAGGGCUGCAAGGAUGUGGCGCUGCAGCUCAUCGAAGACAACCCCGACAUCAAAGUGAUUUUGGGUGGUGGUAGACAGUACUUCAUGCCGGCAGGCACCCCAGACCCAGAGACAGGCACACCAGAGGCCAGCAGUAGGCCAGACGGCAGGGAUCUCAUACAGGAGUGGCUAAAGGACAAAGCAGAGCGGAGAUUGAAGGGUCAGUAUGUGUGGAACGCAUCCUCAUUCUACGAUGUUGAUGUCGACAAUACUGACUAUCUUCUUGGCCUGUUUGAAGCAAGUCACAUGAACUACGAGUAUUUCCGGGUCGCCGCGCACGACCCCGCACAAGAUGAGGCUGGUGAACCUUCUCUAGCGGAGAUGACCGUCAAAGCUUUGCGCAUCCUUCAGAAAGAACCCCGUGGCUACUUCCUGUUUGUCGAGGGCGGGAGAAUCGACCACGCCCACCACGGCAACAGAGCCAAACUGUCGUUAGCCGACGCCGUGGCGUUCGACCAUGCGGUGCAAGCGGCAGCGGAAAUGACGCAAGCUGAUGACACCCUCAUCGUCGUCACCGCCGACCACUCACACGCUUUUAUCAUCGCCGGCUACCCAAGCCGUGGAAACUCUAUAACAGGAGAAGAAGAUGUGAGUCUGGGCUCUGACCGGUUGCCGUAUACCACUUUGCUGUAUGGUAACGGCCCCGGGUACGCUGUCUACCAGAAUGGAAGCAGAGAGGACGUCAGCCAGCCUCAUGUCGACGUGGAGGACGUGUACUAUCGGCAGCAAGCGGCAGUACCACUCAGCUCUGAAACUCACGCUGGCGAAGACGUACCAAUAUAUGCUUCUGGACCAAUGGGCCAUCUGUUCCACGCCACGCAUGAGCAGCACUACAUCGCGCAUGUCAUUGCUUACGCCUCCUGCGUAGGAAUAUAUGCAAAUGAGGCGGAGUGUAGAGACAUUUCGAGCAGCGCUGGUCAGUGGACAGGAACGACUUUGAGAAAAAGAGUGAUUUUGUUUUGUGUUGUAGCAGUGUGGUACUUGGUGCACAGGUCUACGUAAUAUAUGAUGGUCUGUUUGAUA